ACAAAAGAUGACAUUGCCGCGAUCUGCAUCUGUACCUGUAGGUGAAGAACGGAAAAGAGGAAUCUAUUCGGACUAUCCAGAUUUAGCCCGGUUCUUACCGCCCGAUUUAGCUGACCCGAUGACUGCUUUUAUCAAACUCGAUGAUUCCCCUAUGUUCCAGAAACAGGUGCGUUAUCUUGAACAAACAACGGAUGAGCUAAAAGUUCGAUGUCAGAAACUACACAAAGGGAGCAAAAAGUAUAUGGACGGUCUAGGAGAAGCAUGCAAUAUGGACUAUAUUUUUGCAGACUCGUUAGAGGCGUUUGGUGGCGGCCAAGAUGAUCCAGUUAGUGUAUCUAUUGGAGGUCCUAUAAUGUCGAAGUUUGUAUCUGCUUUUCGAGAAAUUGAAACUUUUAAGGAGCUUCUUCGGUCCCAAGUUGAACAUUUGCUUGUUGAUCGUUUAGCUCAGUUUUUGGCCGAUGAUCUUCAAGACACAAAGGACUCACGUAAACGAUUUGAUAAAGCUACAUAUGCAUAUGAUCAGGCUCGUGAAAAGGUUGCAUCGUUGAAAAGGAGCACACGAGACGAAGUUGUUGCUGAACUAGAGGAGGACUUGCAAAACCAAAAAUCUGCAUUUGAGAGGAGCAGAUUUAAUCUAGUACAUUCUCUCAUGAAUAUAGAGGCAAAAAAGAAAUACACAUUUUUGGAAUCUCUUAGUGCAAUAAUGGAUGCACAUUUGAGAUAUUUCAAGCUGGGCUAUGAAUUGUUGAGUCAAAUGGAGCCUUUCAUUCAUCAGGUGUUGACAUAUGCCCAACAAUCUAAGGAGCAGGCAAGUAUUGAACAAGAUAGACUUGCAAAGAGAAUUCAAGAGUUUAGGACACACACAGAAAUGAAGGAGGCAGUGCCUAGUAACAUGGGGCGUGUUAAUGGUGUUGGAAUGAGCUCUGAUAAAAAUAUAGAAGCAAUAAUGCAGUCCACUACAAAAGGAACAGUCCAGACCAUCAAGCAAGGGUAUCUUUUAAAACGAUCUUCAAGUUUGAGAGCAGAUUGGAAGAGGCGAUUCUUUGUACUUGAUAGCCGCGGGAACUUAUAUUAUCACCGGAUUCUGCCCAACAAACCUGUGGGUGCACAAUCAACAAAUUCACUUCAAUCUGCUGAACACCAUAGUCGUGUAUUUGGAAGGUUUCGAGCAAGACAUAGCAGGGCAUCAUCACACGAUGAGGAAAACUUGGAAUGUCAUACUGUAGACCUUCGUACUUCGACAAUAAAAGUUGAUGCUGAGGAUUCAGAUUUGCGUUUGUGCUUCAGGAUAAUUUCACCCUCGAAAACUUACACAUUGCAGGCUGAAAAUGAAGGUGAUAGGAUUGACUGGAUGAACAAGAUCACAGGAGUGAUUGCUUCUCUCUUGAACUCCCACUUGAAACAGCCACAUUUCAACAGAAGUAAUAUGGGAAGUACCCUUGAUACAGUUGGUGAAGAUUAUGCUGUUUCACAAGUCGAUGAAAUGGGAUCUAUAUUCGAUAACAUAAAUAUCAAUCAAGCAGAUUGUGUUGCUAACAUUCUUCGGGAGAUCCCUGGAAAUGAUCUAUGUGCAGAAUGUGGUGCAACUGAACCUGAUUGGGCAUCUCUUAAUUUAGGCAUAUUAAUGUGCAUUGAAUGUUCCGGUGUACAUCGGAAUCUAGGGGUUCACAUAUCGAAGGUUAGAUCAAUUAGUCUUGAUGUUAAAGUUUGGGAACCUACUGUAAUGGAUUUGUUUCAGAAUUUGGGUAAUUCAUACUGCAAUUCCAUAUGGGAAAGUUUACUUGAAACUAGUAGUGAGGAUGCAUCGAGUUUUAAUAAACCUACUCCAAGGGAUGCAUUUCAACAGAGGGAGAAGUAUAUCAUUGCAAAGUAUGUGGAGAAGCAAUUAAUCUCUCAAGAAGAAACCUCUACUACCACCCCCUCCCAUGCCACUAGGAUAUGGGAAGCAGUUAAGAAUAACGAUAUACGGGAAGUAUAUCGUCUAAUUGCUACGUCAAGUACCAAUAUAGUCAAUACCACAUAUAACGAGGUGGCUGGUGCUGAUCUGUUUCACGCUCUUCACGACCAUGCUGCUACCGAAAAAAACGAUCCAUUAAACUGUAAAAAUAUGAAGGAUUCUAGUAAGCCGGAAAGUUGUCUAGAAGGGUGUACAUUAUUGCAUCUAGCAUGUAAUUCUGGCUUUCAGGUGAUGAUGGAAUUACUGUUACAGAGUGGUGCUGAUAUAAACAAGCCUGACUACCAUGGUAGGACACCACUUCACCACUGUAUCUUCUCCAGCAACAACAAAUUAGCCAAGUAUAUGCUCAGAAGAGGGGCGAUUGCAUCAAUCAAAGACGGGGGAGGGCGAGUUGCCCUAGAACGAGCAAUGGAAAUGGGAGCAAUCACUGAUGAUGAGUUAUUAAUCUUGCUAUCGGAGGGCAAGUGAAAGUUUACAACUGUUGCCUGUUGAUUCCUCCUUUUAUGUGCCUUGGGUGGAUCAUAGAUUAGGUUGCACAGAAAGGAUAGAGACUCUGAGAGUAUAUAACUCUAUCGAUCUUUUGACGCUGCCAUGGAAGAAAUCUGAAUAUCUUUGUACUCUUGGUCACAGCUAACACAGAUUUUCACUUGUAUUUGUGAUCUACUUCCUAAUUUGUGUUGUUAUUAUGUUCUAUAAUUUAUUAUAAACCCGUCUUGUCUGCUGAUGUUGACCCUGGUGUUGCUUCUGUAUACCGGAUUCAUGCUUAAAGUUGAUACUUGUAUGUUGUAGCGUAUAGGUUUACAUUAUAUUAUACGGAGUAUUAUAUAGGAAAGUAAUCACUCAUGCUUCUACGCUGA